AUGCGUCAAGCAUAUGGUGCAAGUGAAACAAUGGUUUUGUCAUCAAUGCUUAUGGACUUCAACGAAAACAGCACAAUCUCAUUCUGUUACAGCAUUGAUGGUGAAGAUAAGAACUUCAUCUCAUAUGUUGAAAUAUACGACAACAUGACAUCAGGUAUUGUUAAUUACAACAUUACACUUCCAAAUUCUAAGAAUGAUCACUACUUGAUUCUAUGGGGUGAGAACGAACUAGGGCAUGUUUUAUGUCCUUAUAAUGAGAUAUACAUCAUUGUCAGUCAAGCACCAGAACUCAACAUUACGAACACACUCCUUGGUACAUACUACAGCCAUGCAUUCAUCGAGGUUGAUGUCAGUGUAUAUGAUGACACUGAAGGAUAUGUUUACUGCAAGAUUGAUGAUGGUAAGGAAUUCAAAAUCUCAAAACUUAUCCAGAGUUUCUACGAGAUUGAAGAACGAGUUCUUCAAGUCGAAAUCAAAGAAGGAACUCUCUCAGAAGGUAGCCAUUCAUUGAGCAUCUUCAUGAGAGAUGAGUUCGGAAGUGACUCAGUAGCUGUUGUUCAUAAUUUUGAGUAUUCACUUUCUAAGCAAACACCAGAAUUAUCAGUUGAAAGUAAAGUUAAAGGAUACACAUAUGGAUAUUUCGAAAGUAUUAAAAUCAAAUGCAAGGCUAAAUCAUUUAACGAAGGUGACAAGAUUUCUCUGAAGAUCAAAUUGAAUUAUGAUGAUUAUUUCACAAUCCAUGAGUUUUCAUCAGAUUCAACUAGAUAUAUUUUGAGUAAUGAUGAUGAAUCGAGUGAUGGAAUACUUGUUUAUGAAUAUGAUCUUAAGAUUCCUCCGUCGGAUGGUUUCUAUACAGCUUCGAUCAAAGCUGUCAAUCAAGAUGGAAUAGAAUCUAAGAUCACAUUUGUUGACUUCGAAGUCAGAAGACUACCUGGAAUCGAAUUCACACAACCAUUCCGCGUAAACUACAAUAGUGACGAAACAAUUGUUGUUAGUGGACAUGUUGUUGAUUACGAUAUUGGACAGGAGUUUGAUGUCUUCUACAAUGUUGACAAUGGAAACAAGAUAUUUGUUGAUAGAGUCAAAAUUGAUGGUGAAUAUAAGUCGAAAGAAUUCAGCUUUACAAUUAAUCCAUCACCAGAUGUCAACAUUCACUCUUCGAAAGUUUGGCUUGAAAUAAACAACAAAGUCAUAUAUCAAACAAAUGGAAACUUCCUUGUAAACUCUCCUCCUCAGAUAUCUUUGCUUAACAGCACACAACUCCGUAAUGUAUAUUAUGAUGGAGACCAUAUCAACUUGGACUAUAAGAUCAAAGACAACACACAAGCAGUUGUUUGUUACAAGUUCGACAGUCGUCCAGAAACAUGCUUCAAAGAUACAGUUUACUCAUACGAGCGUGAAUACAAUUACAGGAAGCAAAUUUUAGUUGAUCAGACAGUUCUUUCACAUGAUGAACACACAAUCACUAUUUAUGCACGUGAUGAAUUCAAGAUGGAGUCAGAAAUCAUCACACACCGUUUCACACUUAGUGAAGGAAGUUCACCAGACAUCACAAUUGAUGGCUUUGCAAGACAAUACGAGUACAACUUCUACGAGAGCAUUUAUAUCAAGGGCAGUGUUAUUGACACAUCACCAACAGAAGGUGGCAAAGUUACAGUGUAUUGCAGAUUCAAUUUCAGUGAUCCAAUUCCUUUGCACGAGUUCGAAAGUUAUGGUCACUCACAUAAUUUCGAAUCAUAUGUUCCUGUUCCAAGGAAUAACUCUAAGUAUUUCAUUGUUGUUUAUGCAGUUGACAACAUGGGAUCACACUCUCGCGAUUUCAGACAUGAUUUCAAAGUUCAACACAAACCUUGCAUCAAACUGCACAACUCCAUCGAACACUCAUACAUGCCAGGUGACAAUGUUACAAUUGAAGGCUUCGCUGGUGA